AGCUGUUGCCUGAAUCCUGACAAAUGCUAUGACAAGCUUAAGCGGUCGAAAAAUUGCCUAUUCAGGAAAGGAGUCUAUAUGUUAUGCCCUACUCAACAAAACGAAAUCAUCCCUCACGAUGCAGUACGUUUAAAAAUGACCUUCCAUCCACCAAAAAAUAGUUAUAUUUUCACUUUGAAUGCUUUGUGAUUAUAUGUUUACAUUUAGCUGAAGUGUUUCGACUUGUUUGUGGGGGCAUUUUGCGGGUUCUUUAAUUUGAGUUAAGUUUGACAACGCUAACUGAAUGCAAAAUGUUUUUUUUGGCUGAUUACUUUACAUAUCACAACCAGCCCAGUUGUGAAAAACAAGUUAAUUGCGACGAUCAUUUGACUGGUCUCUAUACUUUCCAUAUGCUUGUUGUUCGCAUUUUUGGGUUUUCCUUGCGCGACAAUAGUUUUUCCUUUCGCGUAACGAAGAUCUUUCCUCCAUAAAAUCUCGGUUAUUCCGUUUUACUGGAAAGGAUAAAUUAAGUAGUUUAAAUUUUCUAAAGUACGUCUGGACUUGCCCUGCCAAACUUCAGAGGUUUACCUGUCCGUGAUGUUGUGACAGAAAAAUUCGCAGUUUGGAAAUUCAAUUUGACAGUGGAUAUUAAAAUUCGCAUCAGCUGACCUCUCUGAAGAUUAAAAAGGGUUUAACUUUAUUGUCUUAUCUUACUCUAGAACCUGCCUCUUAUUACUGGUUUUGGGGAAAAUGUCGCUAUCGCUUGUGCGAGUGUGAUGCAGUGGCCACAAAAUGUUUUAAAAUAAGUCGCUAUCAAAUAAGAAGGGAAGAUACCCACACACCAAGUGCUAUUGUAGUCCAUAGGCUAUUUCUUUAA